GAUCGCACUCAGUGUUUUUUGUAGUCUAUGAUUGAUAUUGAUAAUGUUUGAUUGGUUGAUUCAAAUAAUAUCCAAAAAUUUCACCGGUACAAAAAUAUAGAGUUCAUGACGAUUAAAUCUAAGAAUAUCCUAUCACGGACUACAGCAUGGAGUUGUUCGGUGGGUUGCGUCGUCCCCUUCCUACUUUAGUAUAUUUUUAGUAAUAUUGCAUAGAAAUACUUUGUCACGGGCGUACAGUUAUUGUAUUUUGACAAGAUAUCAACGACAGUUCACUACGAAAAUGAGCAAGGGUUGUUGGAAAUUCGAUGACGAGGAUAGAGCAUUGUACAUCGACAUCGACGACGAAGAAACCGAAGAAGAGAAAGAAAAGAAAGUAUACAGUUACUGGAAUCAAACACCCGAUAUACUCUUAGAGGAAAUUUUUUCAUAUCUAACUAUUCGUGAACGUUAUUAUGCAUCGUUGGUGUGUAGGUCAUGGUAUCGCGCUUUUAAAUUGCAAAAUGUUUGGGCUACUUUUACAUUAGAGGAUACCACACUCACCCGGGGCAAGUUUAAUUACUAUAGUGGUUGGCAAUAUGUUUUGGAUCAUAUGAGGACCUCUACAUGUUUAAAUAAAGUUGGAAAAAAUUUUCGAACAUUGAUCUUUGAACCCAUGUUAAACUUUUAUAAUCUUUAUGAAUUCAUGAAUAUGAUAUCUUGGUAUACCGAACGACAAGGAUCAGAUAAUACAUCGGUAGCAGGUGUUGGUACUUAUAUUAGACGACUGAAAUUUACAUUUCCUUGUAAUAUGGCAAAUAGGGAUGAUCCUGAUCGCAUCAGGCUUUUUGGCACUGGUGGAAAAUUGUUAGAAGCAUUAAAAAGACUUAUGCGUAAUUUAUGUAACAUAAGAUGUUUAGAAUUAAUAGAUCUUAUGUUGGACAGUAAAGAAGCUUUACAUUUAAUGGAUGAUAUUUGCGCAAACUGUACGCAAACAUUAUCUAAAUUGGUAUUAAUAAAUACCACAAGGUACUAUUGUCCUCUUCUUCAUGUUGGAGUAUUUAUUAAUUUAAAUGUGUUGAUUAUUAGUCCUCAAAAUCUUCAUGAAGAUGUAAUAGACUUAAUUGGUUAUACUAAAUUGGAACAUCUUCAUAUUGUCCAAAAUCGAUAUAGUCCAAAGGAUACAACAAUGAGAUUGCCUAAAAGAUCAUGUUGGAUAAAAAUGAAAAAGAAUAAUCCGUAUCUUAAAGUUCAUUUCGAAGUGGAAAGCUUUAAACCGACUGAUAUACUUUUACCUAUUGAUUUAUUGGAGCAUAGUGGUAUUCCAUGUCACAGCAUCAUUUUGGAUAAUCCAAAUACGCAGAUUUCAUCAGCCACUAUUCUUACUCAUGGAACGUUUUUUGAAUCAACGAUAAAGGUGUAUGCAUUCAAAGGGCUAACAAGAUACUUUUUGCACAGAAACUUUGCACGAAGAUUGGAUGAAGCAUUAGUACAAUUUUGCAGAAUGUGUCCAAACCUCCACACGCUGGUAGCAUUUUGUGUUUGAACAAGCUUCCAAUGUAAUCUAUGAUAACUUUCCUAAAAAAACUAAGAUUCUAACAACCUUCUUAUGGUGUGAUGGCAUGCGUUCAGAUUCUUAUUGUACGAAAGGCUUUUAUUGGUAUUUGUAGAUCUAUUUAAGAACAUAUGUUGUGUGGCAAUCGAUGAUCUGUGAAUAGUAUACAAGGCAACAAGUUUAUAUAGAGAACGAUUAUUGUAUCAAUGACUUGGAAGCCAGUCAGUGGGAGGAAAAUAUUUCACCAUGACACAUUUGAUAAGUUGGCUGAGGACUGAAUCAUUGACAAACUAACAAAGCCAAAUAUUCAAAGUAAAUCUUAUGCAAAUUGUUUACACCGACUGGUUUCCCUAAUAUUUUGUAUUUUCUCCUAUUACAGUUAACACGAAUAUGAUAGAGAAAUGAUCCGAGAUAAGAUAUCGACGGCAACAAUUUUAGAAAUUGUCUCUACCGCUAAGGCCUUACGAUGUUUCUAUGUUCGACGAAACGCAGUAUUGAAAAGGUGCGAUAGGGAUUGGUUAAAGAUAAUGAAUUGGUCACCGGAACACUACCA